CAGGUGGUCACCAUCCUGCUGGUGCUGCUCAUCUGCGGCGUGGGCAUCGCGGGCAACGUGAUGGUGGUGCUGGUGGUGCUGCGCAGCAAGCACAUGGUGACCCCCACCAACUGCUACCUGGUGAGCCUGGCCGCGGCAGACCUCAUCGUGCUGCUGGCGGCCCGCCCGCCCGACACCUCCCCAGUGCUGAAAAAAGCCGGCUGCCUCUGCAUCACCUAUUUGCAGUACCUGGGCAUCAACUGCUCCGCCUGGUCCAUCGCCGCCUUCACGGUGGAGCGCUACAUCGCCAUCUGCCACGCCAUCAAAGCCCAGCUCCUCUGCACCGUGUCCCGCGCCAAGCGCAUCGUCUGCGCCCUGUGGCUCUUCACCUCCCUCUACUGCCUCAUGUGGUUCUUCCUGGUGGACACGACAGAGGUCACCUUCUCGGAUGGGUCACAGGUCACCUGUGGCUACCGGGUCUCCAGAAGCCUUUACAUGCCCAUUUACUUCUUGGAUUUUGCUGUCUUCUACGUCAUCCCGUUGGGGCUGGCAACUGUCCUCUACAGCCUCAUUGCCCGCAUCCUCUUCGCCAGCCCCCUGCCCGCCGCCCCGCAGAGCUCCUGCCCGGGCUCCACGCACCAGGGCGCCUCUCUCAAGCUCUCCUGCCGGGGCCAGAAGGGGGCCCUGAGCUCCCGCAAGCAGGUGACCAAAAUGCUGGCUGUUGUGGUGGUCCUCUUUGCCCUUCUGUGGAUGCCUUAUCGCACGCUGGUGGUGGUGAACUCCUUCAUGGACCCUCCGUACCUGAACAUCUGGUUCCUUCUCUUCUGCCGCAUGUGCAUCUACCUGAACAGUGCCAUCAACCCCAUCAUCUACAACCUCAUGUCACAGAAGUUCCGGGCUGCCUUUAGGAAGUUGUGCAAGUGCAAAGAGAAGAACGCAGAGAUCCCCGUGCCGUACGCUGCCCCGGUGCACUACAGCGUUAUGAAGGACUACGCUCAUGACAGCUCCAAUCACAACGUCACUGAACAAGAAGACCUGAACAGUCUCCCUGCAUGUGCAAAGAAGAACAAGCCUGCCAAAUAA